AUGCAAGCUGCAAAGACCUCAACAGACAACAAAGCUACUGCUAAGAAUGUUAAUCAAGUACCUUUUGCCACCGAAGAAGAAUUUAAUCGUUAUUUCGAUAAUUUAGACAAGAUAGCUAGUGGGGGAAUUCAGUUAGCUGCUUCGACUACGAGCUCGGGGACAACAGAGAAAUUAACAUCACCGGAAGAAUCCAUUGAUCAAGCCUCUCGGAUUUGCUAUCCAACGUCAACCACCUUAUACAUUGACAAUGACGAUCCCGGCAAUUUGGCGAACUCAGAGUCCGAAGAUGAUCUAUUGUUGUCAACCUCGAAAGGAGAAAAAUCCCCCUUCAAGAUAUUUGCAUUUGAAGAUGCAAAGGGUUCAGAGGGUGUGUGGUGCGCACGCACGCCUUCGGGAGGUGGCGUUCGCAGACUUUUGGUGGGGUACUUUUAUCAUGCGGCACCGUUUUAA